GCGUUCGAAUCCGAGGCGAACGGCCGCUAUCAGUCCGGUCAGCUCAAUUCCCGAGGUUGCCAUGCCGAGGCCAGCCCCUGCUGUUGCUGUUCCGAGGCCGGAUGCUGCUGUUCAAAUACCAGCAACAGUUCCUGCUGUCGAAUUGCCGAGGCUGGUCCCUGCUACUGCCGUGCCGAGGCCAAUGCAUGCUCUUGCAGGGCCAAGGCAAACAACCUGGUCCAAGUUUGGGACAUUCUUGGGGCGGUUGAAGCGCUUGAGGCUUCGAAAGCGCGCGAUCAUUGACGUGACGCGAGCAGAGCGUCUACAACCCUUGUCUUGGCAGGGAAGAUGAUGACUAUCAUGCCUUCCACGGCUCGUACUCUCUCCCCAUUUGCACGAGAUAGACGAGCAACAAACGCACGAUCGCCUGCCGCGAAGUGCACCACUCCCCGUGCCGUGCCUUGCCGUCGGCAAGCCGACUUCCAGGGCGUCUCACGCUUCACUCGAAUGGUGAACACAAUACGUGUGACACUAUGCGAUCGAGUCACAAUGUGCCCUCGGCUUCGGAACAACUGAGGGCGCAUGUCAAAUGCCUGCAGGGCGAUUGUCGAC